AUGGAGCAAGUAUUUCAGUGCUUAUCCGAGGAAGGAGCCCAUGUCGUCUACAAAUGCACAGCUGUAUACGAUCCAAAGACAGAAUACGGUAUUGAUCCCUUUGACAACGAUAUAAACGUGGAAUGGCCAUUGACCGAUAAAGUGAUCGUAAGCGAACGAGACAAAUGCCAUCAAAGUUUCAAGACAUACUCGAGUAAAUCAUAA